AUGGAUCGGGAAAUGGUGGACGCUGGCCCAGUUACGCCUGGACAGGUGUCUUUUUUGCUUGGAAUCAUCCCAGUAUUUGUCACAUGGAUAUAUUCAGAGUACUUAGAAUAUAAAAAAUCUUCAUCUCAUCCUAAAGUUCAUUCAGAUACUAAUCUGGUUGAGUUGGGAGAGGAAACGAUCAAGGAAGAUGAUCGGGCUGUUUUGCUGGAAGGAGGCCUUUCGAGAUCAGCAUCUACAAAGUUUAAUAGUUCAUCCAUUAAAAUAAACUUAAUUAGGUUUCUGACUAUGGAUGACUCUUUUUUACUUGAAAACAGAGCAACUCUUAGAGUGAUGUCUGAGCUUGGGGCAAUUCUGUUCUAUUUCUACAUAUGUGACCGCACAAAUAUACUGGGAGCUUCUACAAAGAAUUACAAUCGGGAUCUGUUCCUCUUUCUGUACCUUCUCCUCAUCAUAGUUUCAGCAGUGACAUCUUUGAAGAAACAUACUGACAGAUCAGCAUUCUCUGGAAAAUCUAUACUUUACCUGAAUCGGCAUCAGACGGAGGAAUGGAAAGGGUGGAUGCAGGUCCUAUUUCUAAUGUACCAUUACUUUGCCGCAAGCGAGAUUUACAAUGCAAUACGUGUCUUUAUUGCCGCAUAUGUUUGGAUGACUGGAUUUGGAAACUUUUCCUACUACUACAUUAGAAAGGAUUUUAGCCUCGCCCGCUUUGCUCAGAUGAUGUGGCGGCUAAAUUUUUUUGUGGCGUUUUGCUGUAUUGUUCUUAACAAUGACUAUAUGUUGUAUUACAUCUGUCCAAUGCACACUCUGUACACUCUUAUGGUGUAUGGAGCCCUUGGCAUCUUUAGCAAGUACAAUGAGAUCAGAUCAGUGAUGGCUGUAAAGAUUCUAGGAUGCUUUCUUGCGGUUAUCUUGAUUUGGGAAAUACCUGGAGUUUUUGAAAUAUUCUUUCGUCCAUUAUCCUUCUUAUUGGGGUAUACUGAUCCUGCAAAACCAGAUCUCCCUCGUCUGCAUGAAUGGCAUUUUAGAUCUGGACUUGAUCGCUACAUAUGGAUUAUUGGAAUGAUAUAUGCCUAUUAUCAUCCUAAUGUGGAGAAAUGGAUGGAUAAAUUGGAGGAAUCUGAUACCAAAAGGAGAGUCUCAAUUAAAGCAGGAAUAUUUUCCAGUUCUGUGUUUGUUGGUUAUCUGUGGUAUGAAUAUAUUUACAAGCUGGACAAGGUUUCAUACAACAAGUUGCAUCCCUACACAUCAUGGAUUCCGAUAACUGUAUAUAUAUGUCUGCGGAACUUUACUCAGCAGUUGCGGGGUGUCUCUUUGACUCUCUUUGCGUGGCUUGGCAAGAUUACUUUGGAAACCUAUAUUUCACAGUUCCAUAUCUGGCUAAGAUCAAACACACCUAAUGGACAGCCUAAGUGGCUUCUCUCUCUCAUUCCAGAAUAUCCCUUGCUCAACUUCAUGCUGACAACUGCCAUCUAUGUUUUGGUAUCUCAUCGGCUUUUCGAGUUAACUAAUACACUUAAGACAGUGUUUGUACCCACAAAAGACAACCAAAGGCUGCUUUAUAAUUCUCUUGCAGGGGCGGCCAUUUUUGCUUGUUUGUAUUUCAUCUCAUUCAUUCUUGUUCAGAUACCUCAUUGA